UUUACUGUAACAGCAACUAUUGAUCUGUGUACUCAUCCUGCUUCAUACAGAGAACUACCACAAAGAGACCACUAGAUGGCGAUGCCCCGGUUGUUUCUCAGCAUUCUGCUGACCUCACAAUUGACUGUGUUCCUGCCAAGUGAAGCCCAAAAGCAAACCCCUCCCCCUCACACUUCCAGCCCGAGCUGCCCAGUUCAUCCCGGUGUCCCUGGCAUACCUGGUCAUAACGGACUGCCUGGGAGAGAUGGGAGGGAUGGGCAUGACGGAGUCACAGGACCCAAGGGAGAGAAAGGACACCCUGGAGGAAUAGGGGUACAGGGACCCCCUGGUGAUGUGGGGCCAGCUGGACCUAAAGGGGAGAUAGGGGAGCCAGGAGAUGCAGGAGGCAACAGUGUGAUCAGCCAUUUACUCGCUGAGAUCCAACAGCUCAAAGCCAGACAGGCUAAUCUUGAGAAAGCUGCAAGCUUCAGGGUCUUCCAGAAGGCAGGGGACAAAUAUUUAGUGUCCAAUGGAGUGCUGGGGAGUUUCGAUGAAGGUUUGAAGUUCUGCAACAACUUUGGUGCGACGCUGGUCAUGCCAAGGAAUGAUGUGGAGAACCAAGCUCUUUCCAAGUUCAUUGUUGGUGCUUCUUAUGGUUUCCUGGGAGCAACAGACAGGAAAACAGAGGGUGUUUGGGUAGAUUUGAACGACGAGCCACUGACGUAUCUGGACUGGCACAGUGGAGAACCAAACAGUGGGGGUAAUGGUAUAGAAGACUGUAUUGCAACAACAACCUCUGGACCUUGGGUUGAUAUUACCUGUGAUGCAAACAUUGUUAUAAUAUGUGAAAUUUAAACAUUUAAAGAUGGGAUUUUUUUUCCAUAAAAUCACCGACCUACAUUUUAAUUGCUACUAAAUGAAUAUUCAAGCAAAUUAUAUUACCAAAUCUUAAAGGGCAAUACUAAUAUAUCACAAUCAUCCAGCAGACACUGUUUAU